AUGGCGCGCCUCUCAAUCCCCUUCAAGGCUCUUCUUGCCUUUGUCGUUCUGGCUCUGCCUGCGUGCGUCGAUGCGCGCCCCGUCUCGACUGACAACAGCCUCGUCGCCACCGAUGAACACUCCGCUGGCACCGUGAGCAACCUCAAGUCUCGCUUCUACGACUUCAUUGUUCUCGGCGACGGCGGCAAGGGCGACUCCUCUAGCUUCCUCUCGAUCAAAGGCAUCGAUAUCAAGGACGAUUCCAAGGGUCACGGUCCUCCGUUCGGCUUCAAGAAGGGCGGCGAGGAGUCCGGCGGCGAAGACGGCUCUUACGGUGGCAAAUCUGGAGGCGAGGGUGAGGAGGGUGACUCGAAGGGCGAAGGCAAAGAGGGUUCCGACUCUGGCGAAGGCGAUUACGGUGACGAGAAGAAGGGUGGCGAUGACAAGGGUGGCUACGGGGACGAGGAGAAGGGCGACGACGAGGGCGGCUAUGGCGAGGAGGGCAAGGGCGAUGAUAGGGGGGGCGAUUCAGGCGACGAAGAGGGUGGCAAGCCCGGCGGUGGCGAAGAGGGAGGCGACGACAGCUCUGGUUACGAAGGCUCUGACAAAGGCUCCGGCAAGCCCGGCGGAUCUGGCGAGGGCGAAGGUGACAAGGGCGGAGAAGACGACAAGGAGGGCGGUGAUAGCUACGGAGGCUCUGACGGUGACGAGAAGGGCGGCGACAGCGACAAGGGCUCUGGUGGUGACGAGAAGGGCGGCGACAGCGACAAGGGCUCUGGCGGUGACGAGAAGGGCGGCGACAGCGACAAGGGCUCUGGCGGCGACGAGAAGGGUGGCUCAGGGGAGGAGUCUGGCGAGUCUGGCGGAUCGAGCGGCUACAGCGAGUCUGGCAAGAGUGGCUCCGAGAAGGGCUCUGACGACUCCGGCAAGGGCGAGGACAGCGAGGAGAAGGGUGAUUCUGGUGGAUACGGCGACUCCAGCGGUUCCAGCUCUGCCAAAGGUGGCGACAGCUCCGGCGGUAUGUCAGGCAUGAGCGGUGGUAGCGGCGGAGGCAGCUCUUCCAGUUCCUUCGGCGACAGCGAAAGCGCGAAGUACGGCGGCGGCGGUGACAUGCCCAGCUUCUAG